UCGUCCUAUUCGCUCUCCUCCCCUCCACCAAUCCCCCGUCUCGUCACGGCCGCUCGCGGUCUCGCUCCGGCAAACCCAAUGGCCGCCGCCGCCGUCCCCAACGGCCACGCCGCUGCCGACGCGGCCCCUCCCUCCUCGUCGUCGCUGGUGUUCCUGGGCACGGGGUGCUCGAGCGCCGUCCCGAACGCGCGGUGCCUGAUCCAGCCCCCCGACCCGCCCUGCCCCGUCUGCUCCCAGUCCCUCUCCGUCCCGCCCGAGCUAAACCCCAACUACAGGUGCAAUACUUCUCUUUUGAUUGACUAUUGCCAAGAUGAAGGUGCACAUAAGUAUAUUAUAAUUGAUGUUGGGAAGACAUUCAGAGAACAAGUUCUGCGAUGGUUUGUUCGCCACAAAAUCCCUUGUGUUGAUUCUAUUCUUCUGACUCAUGAGCAUGCAGAUGCAAUCUUAGGCCUUGAUGAUAUUCGGGUUGUACAGGCAUUUAGUCCCACAAAUGAUAUUGAUCCAACCCCGAUUUAUCUCUCACAGUUUGCAAUGGACAGCAUCUCCCUAAAGUUCCCUUAUUUGGUCAAAAAGAAACUAAAGGAAGGGGAGGAGGUCAGGCGAGUUGCUCAACUAGACUGGAGAAUAAUCGAGAGUGAUCUUCAGAAGCCGUUUACAACUUCAGGGCUAGAGUUUGUUCCCUUGCCGGUGAUCCAUGGUGAAGACUACAUUUGUUUGGGUUUCCUUUUUGGAAGAAAAUCGAAAGUUGCUUACAUAUCAGAUGUUUCGCGGUUUCCUCCAAGCACAGAAUAUGCAAUUUCGAAGUCUGGUGGGGGCCAACUCGAUUUGCUCAUCUUGGAUUGCCUAUACAGGACAGGUUCUCACAAUGUGCAUCUUUGUUGGGACCAGACUCUAGAUGCUGUUAAGAGGAUUUGUCCCAGAAGAGCAUUGCUUAUUGGGAUGACUCAUGAGAUGGACCAUGACAAGGACAACCAAACAUUGGAAGAAUGGUCCAGGAGGGAGGGGAUAGAUGUGCAGUUAGCUCGUGAUGGCUUGCGUGUCUACAUUGAUCUGUAAUCGUGAGAGGACCAUGGCAUGCUCAGUGAACUGUACUAGGUUUCCUGCCGCUCUUAACAUUCAGCGUCCUCUUGUGAAGAAAGUACGAACUGACUUGGCUCACCAAUCAUCGUGUGAAACCAGUAGAUCUUCUGUUUUUACAUUUCAUAGUCUACACGUGAUUCCAAUAAAAAGUAAGUAAUGUAGUUGUUUCAGUGUCCCCACAAGUUGCUGUCCAUCUCCUUGAUAAAGUAGUUGAAUGGUUCCUGUCAAUUGGAAGCUACACUGCACCACAUGCAUAAUGCCAACCGGCAGCAGCAAGUAUUGCCUUUGGAGAGAAGCAUGGCUCCAAUGAGUCUGUGAAUACUGCAAGUUUUCUGAA